GUGCGCCGUGCAGCAGCCCCAGCACGUAUUCCCUGAGGCCGACUCGAUCCGGCACCAGCACUCUGUGUCGGCCUACAUAUACCAAUCGAUCUCCCAAACAAUCCCCACUCCCAUCAUCGAUCUGCACUCUGCGGACCAACGCCAGUUACACUAGAGCACAGAGAGAGAGAGAGAGAGAGAGAGAGGGAGGGAGAUGGAGGUGGCGGCGACCUUGUGCUGCGUCUGCGUGGGGGCGUGCACCCUGGCGCUGUACCUCUACCACGUCCUCUGGCUGGCGCCCGAGAGGCUGCGCGCCGCGCUGAGGAUGCAAGGGGUCGGCGGCCCGCGCCCGUCCUUCCCCUACGGCAACCGCGCCGAGAUGAGGCAGGCGGCUGCCGAAGCCAAGGCGGCGGCGGCGGCGGCGGCGUCUCAACGCGGCAUCGUGCACGACUACCGGCCCGCCGUGUUUCCCUACUACGAGAAGUGGAGGAAAGAGCACGGCCCGAUGUUCAGCUACUCGAUCGGGAACAUGGUGUUCCUGCACGUCAGCCGGGCGGACGUGGUCCGGGACCUGAGCCUCUGCGUGUCGCUGGACCUGGGCAAGAGCUCGUACAUGAAGGUGACGCACCGGCCCCUCUUCGGCGACGGCAUCCUCAAGUCCAGCGGCGAGGCCUGGGCGCACCAGCGGAGGCUCAUCGCUCCCGAGUUCUUCCCCGACAAGGUCAAGAGCAUGGUGGAUCUCAUGGCGGUCUCUGCGCGGGCGCUGGUGGAGUCGUGGGAGGACAUGCUGCUCGGCGAGAUCAGCAAUGGAGUCUUCUUGGAACUUAGGAUCGACGACGACAUCCGGGCAUACUCCGCCGACGUGAUCUCCAGGACGUGCUUCGGGAGCAGCUACGUCAAGGGCAAGGAGAUCUUUGCGAUGAUCAGGGAGAUGCAGAAGACGGUGUCGAAGACGAACUUGCUGGCCGAGAUGACUGGCCUGAGUUUCCUCCCGACGAGGAGCAACCGGGAGGCGUGGAGGCUUAAGAGGCUGGUGCGCGAGCUGAUACUGGACGUCGUGAGGGAGAGCGGGGAUGACGACAGGAACCUGCUGAACGCGAUGCUCCGCAGCGCGGCCAGCUCCGGCAUGGCGAGCGCCCGCAGCGCGGCGGCGGAGGACUUCAUCGUGGACAACUGCAAGAACAUCUACUUCGCCGGGUACGAGAGCACGGCCGUUACCGCUGCCUGGUGCAUGCUGCUCCUGGCGCUGCAUCCGGAGUGGCAGGACCGGGUGCGCGACGAGGUGCGGCAUGCCUGCGCCGGCUCGGCACCGGACUUCACGUCUCUCCAGAAGAUGAAGAAGCUCACGAUGGUGAUCCAGGAGACGCUGCGGCUGUACCCGGCCGGCUCGGUGGUGUCGCGGCAAGCGCUCCGCGACAUCACCCUCGGCGGCGUGCGCGUGCCGGCGGGUGUGAACAUCUACGUGCCGGUCUCGACGGUGCACCUGGACCCGGAGCUGUGGGGCCCCGACGCGCGGGAGUUCGACCCGGGGCGGUUCGCGGACGCGCGGCCGCAGCCGCACGCGUACCUGCCGUUCGGCGCCGGCGCGCGCACCUGCCUCGGGCAGAGCUUCGCCAUGGCAGAGCUCAAGGUCGUGCUCGCGCUCGUGCUCGCCAGGUUCGAGCUGCGCCUGUCGCCGAGGUACGAGCACUCGCCGGCGCUCAGGCUCAUCGUGGAGCCGGAGCACGGCGUGCGGCUCGUGCUGAAGAACGUGGAGCCCAGCUGCCCAAUGCCCAGGAGCAUCUAGCUGGGCCUGAUGGGAGACCGCAAGUUGAUGUGCUGCUUGUUUUCGUGCAUUUUGGGCCUCGUUUAAAUACUAUUUUUGGCACCUUUAAUAAUCUGGUACACAUGGUGACGAUGGAAUUGCCGCAAUCGCCCGCACAGAUUGGGUUGGUUGGUUCGGAAUGUCGGGGGUGGGUGACAACAAAUUUGUCAUUCUGUACUAUAUUGAGUGAUUCAAGUAGUUUUAUAUGUCAAUGAAAAAUCGAAUUGAUACA